AUGCCGGAAGCAGUCGAGACCUUCGCAUUCCAGGCUGAGAUUGCUCAGCUGAUGUCCCUGAUCAUCAACACGUUCUACUCGAACAAGGAAAUUUUCCUCCGCGAGUUGAUCUCGAACUCCUCGGAUGCCCUGGACAAGAUCCGCUAUGAGUCGCUCACGGAUCCCACGAAACUGGACUCUGGCAAGGAGUUGUUCAUCAAGAUCAUUCCGAACAAGGAGGCCGGCACGCUGACCAUCAUUGAUACCGGUAUCGGCAUGACGAAGGCGGAUCUGGUGAACAACCUCGGUACGAUUGCCAAGUCGGGAACGAAGGCGUUCAUGGAGGCUCUACAGGCCGGCGCAGACAUCAGCAUGAUUGGUCAGUUCGGUGUGGGUUUCUACUCUGCCUAUCUGGUCGCGGACAAGGUAGUGGUCACGUCGAAGAACAACGAUGACGAGCAGUACGUGUGGGAAUCGUCUGCCGGAGGAUCGUUCACGGUUCGUACGGAUGCCGGCGAACCGCUUGGUCGUGGAACCAAGAUCGUUCUGCACGUGAAGGAGGAUCAGCUGGAGUACCUGGAGGAGAGCAAGAUCAAGCAGAUCGUGAACAAACAUUCCCAGUUCAUCGGCUAUCCGAUUAAGUUGCUGGUGGAGAAAGAGCGCGAGAAGGAGGUGAGUGACGAUGAGGCUGAGGAGGACGAAAAGAUGGACAUUAUGGAUGCAGAGCCAAAAAUAGAAGAUGCUGAGGACGACAAUGAUAAGAAGGAUAAGAAGAAGAAGACGGUCAAGGUCAAGUACACUGAGGACGAGGAGUUGAACAAAACUAAGCCAAUUUGGACGCGCAAUGCCGACGACAUCUCGCAGGAAGAGUACGGCGAGUUCUACAAGUCGCUGACCAAUGACUGGGAGGAUCAUCUGGCGGUGAAGCACUUCUCGGUUGAGGGCCAGCUAGACUUCCGUGCGCUCCUCUUUGUGCCCCGUCGUAUGCCAUUUGAUCUGUUCGAGAACAAGAAGAAGAAGAACAACAUCAAGCUGUACGUGCGCCGUGUGUUCAUCAUGGACAACUGCGAGGAGCUGAUCCCGGACUAUUUGAACUUCAUCAAGGGUGUGGUCGACUCGGAGGAUCUGCCACUGAACAUUUCUCGUGAGAUGCUGCAGCAGAACAAAAUCCUGAAGGUGAUCCGCAAGAAUCUGGUGAAGAAAUGUCUAGAGUUGUUCGAGGAGCUGGCUGAGGAUAAGGAAACGUACAAGAAGUUCUACGAUCAGUUCAGCAAGAACCUGAAGCUGGGUGUGCACGAGGAUAGCCAGAACCGUCAGAAGCUGGCCGAUUUGCUUCGCUUCAACACGUCGGCAUCAGGAGAUGAGUACUGCUCGCUGAACGACUACGUUGGUCGCAUGAAGGAGAACCAGUCCCAGAUCUACUUCAUCACCGGCGAGACCACCGAGCAGGUGAAGAACUCGGCGUUCGUUGAGCGUGUGAAGAAACGCGGAUUCGAGGUCAUCUAUAUGACGGAGGCCAUCGACGAGUACGUUAUCCAGCAGCUGAAGGAGUACAAGGGCAAGCAGCUGGUGUGCGUCACGAAGGAGGGUCUUGAGCUGCCGGAGGAUGAGGCCGAGAAGAAGAAGCGCGAGGAGGACAAGGCCAAGUUCGAAAACCUGUGCAAGGUGAUGAAGUCGGUGCUGGAGAACAAGGUGGAGAAGGUGGUCGUCUCGAACCGACUGGUGGACUCGCCCUGCUGUAUCGUUACGUCGCAGUACGGCUGGUCGGCCAACAUGGAGCGCAUCAUGAAGGCACAGGCCCUGCGCGACUCGUCUGCCAUGGGCUACAUGGCGGGCAAGAAGCACCUGGAGAUCAACCCGGAUCACGCCAUCGUCGAGACGCUGCGCCAGCGCGCCGAUGCUGACAAGAACGACAAGGCUGUAAAGGAUCUCGUGAUUCUGCUGUUUGAGACGGCGUUGCUGUCUUCCGGUUUCUCGCUGGAUGAGCCCGGAACCCAUGCCUCCCGCAUCUACCGCAUGAUCAAGCUCGGUCUUGGAAUCGAUGAGGAUGAGCCGAUGACGACGGAAGAGACCAGUGGCAGCGCUGCACCGACUACGGCCGCCGGAGACGCCCCACCGUUGGUGGACGAUUCCGAGGAUCUGUCGCACAUGGAGGAAGUGGACUAAACGGGUAAAUACCGAAGUAAGCUGCUGUUGCAUGUAAUUUUAAUGCUGUACAUUACUGCUGCAUUCCUCAUACCAUUAGAUCUCAAUGUAAAUGGUACGUGGAGCUAGGGGUAUUUAGAAGGAACCAAAUCGGAUGAUGAUCCUUUAUAUCGGUUGCAUCUCCAAAUGCUUACAGUAGUAAUUAAAAAUUCCUAAGUGUUCACAUAUCCUAUUUAAGUGAACUACUGAUUCACACCAUUUACUCAUCGUACAUUUGUUGCCAUCUAGAACUAUUAAGAGACAGAGUAGAACUUGUAUAAACU